AUGACUUGGGGCUGGAAUUCCUGUUUUGUUGCUCUUUCUACCUGGACCGCCGCAACGCGUGCACAACCAUCACUGUCCGAAGCAAGAUCACAACUGGUUUGGCGUCGUCUUGCUCGCGAGAGAGCGUGUGGGGAAGUGAAUGCGUCCGGAGUGGGGGAAUGGUGGCACAAAUGCGCAGACGAGGAGAAGUAUCAGGGAAAGUUCAUAGGGAAGAUCAAUUCCUACCAUCAUCAGACAUCCGGAGACGUUUACGCGGUGGACGAAAAUACUUUCCUGCUGUCGAGCUUCAACUAUGACGGAAAUGGCGCCGACACGUUCUUCUGGAGCGGCGCCUCAAACAGGCCCGGACCGCAAGGCUUCAUCGUUCCGGACGAAUUUGGCAAGACGAACAUCCUCGAGAGAUACUUCAACAAGGACUUCACGCUCAAGCUGCCGGACAACAAGAAGAUAACGGAGGUCAAGUGGCUGGCGAUCUACGAUCUCAACAGUCAGAAUGACUUCGGCGAUGUGUACAUUCCGGAGGAUUUCGAGCCACCGGCGCCACAGAAGGGCGGCAGUUUCUCGAAAGGAUCUCACGGAGUGCGCAGUGAGAGCAUUGAGAUUCUGGACUCCAAAACCAUCAGGAUUCCUGAGUUCAGUUACGCCGGAGGUGGCAAGAGGACACACUUCUUUGCCGGCGUUGGACCUGCGCCGUCCAGCAAGGGCAACAAGAUUCCCGAUGAGCUGGGAUACUUGGAUCCCAUUCGGAUGUACGACAAGGAAACCAUCACUUUGGAGCUUCCUGGUGACAUGAGCAUCUUCAACAUCGACUGGAUUAGUGUUUAUGAUCUGGAGACUAAUGAGAAUUUCGGAUCAAUCCUCAUUCCGGAUGAUUUGAAUGUCCCGCCAUCGCUCAUUAGGAUUCACAAGCAUCCUGCAGCCUUGCCGAAUUGCCGACAACUCCACAAGGAUCUGAGAGUGUCUUGGGAAGUGUUCGGACCACAAAUAACCCUAGAAUUAGCAGGUCAAGUGCUUCCCGAUGAGUACAUGUCCUUCGGCUUGUCAGGAUCCGAGGAGAGGAGUCAAAUGCUGGGAGCCGAUGUCGUUGUGGCAUACAUCGAUGGAUACAGAGGAUACGCAACGGAUUACAACAUCACAUCGCUCGCUCCUUGCGUUCAAGUUCUCGGGCAGAACAAGGGCGUCUGCAGAGAUGACGUUGUUGGAGGCUUGGACAGUUUUCAGCUGCACACUUUCACUCGCGAGGACGGAAUCAAUACGAUAACCUUCCGGAGAACCCUGAUUUCAUCUGAUCCUGGUGAUAAGGAAUUCCUUCUGGACAAGCCAAUGUAUGUCGUUUGGGCGAUGGGCUUAUUGGAUUCCAACAAGGAACCUGCUUUCCACGAUAUCUAUCCUCGAGAGGAUGUGAUUAUACACUUCAAUUCCACUGAUCCGGUCAAUGAUUGCUUCAGCUUCUCACGCAGUGAACUUUCGCAGCCCAAAGAUCCUUGGGAGAAGACUCAGAUCUUCGACAGGAGCAUCAGAUCGUUCACUUUCGUCCUGGGACCAGCAGGAGGCAAGAGAGGCUAUCAAGGAAUCACUGGACACGUUUCCAAUGGUCUUGCUUGGUACAUUAAUGGUGUCAUGAUUCCGGAAUUGUGGCUCCGGCGAGGUUUGACUUACGCUUUCCGCGUUCAUGGUGGAAACAAUCCUCACUCGCCGGAAUACUAUCAUCCACUGGUGAUCACGGAUGAGCCGAAAGGCGGCUACGAUCGCCUGACGGACGCCAAGCAGUCGGAAAUCAGGGUCUUGGCGGGCGUGGAAUUCACGCGCCGCGGUCGUCCGAAGCCCACGGCCGCCGGUCCGCUGUGCAUAGGACGCCAUCAGGAGCACCAGGAUCGGCGCUUGGACGACAACUUCCCCACAUUCAAGAAGUUCAAUCGAACACUCCACUACACUUGCGAGCCCGGCGAUCCGGCCAUCCUCGAGAUCACGCCCAACACCUCCUGGCCAGACGUUGUGUACUACAACAGCUUCACGCACGCCAACAUGGGCUGGAAGAUCCACAUUGUGGACAGCUUCACCACAAAUGUCGGCUGCAUGCAACGCCUGGAGAUUGUCCUGUUUAUCCUGGCACUGAUUGUGUCCCUGCGGAACUGAAAGUGCGCUCCACGCGGUGUGCGGA